UUCUAUCCUCACAAUCCCACCCAGGCAGUGAGGUCACAGCAGGGCUGUGAGGUCACAGAGCCCCGUGGUCCCACAGCACCACAAUGACCGACCACUCAGUCCCUGACUGCAACUGUUGCGGCAGCAGCGGCGGCGGCAGCGGUGUCAGAUUUGGUGGCGUUUGGACAGUGAUUACUGGACGGUGAUUACUAGACAGUGAUUACUGGACAGUGAUUACUGGACAGAGAUUACUGGACAGAGAUUUUACAGCAGCGGUGUCAGGACAGCGGUGCCAGGACAGGGGUGUCAGGACAGCGGCGGCAGCAGUAGCUGCCGGACGGUGUGAGGGCGAGGGGCCAUGGCCCUUGCUCUCCGCCUCUUCCUCCUCCUCCUCCUGGCAGUGGCCCUGCACGCCAGGGCUGCCCAGGCUGCUCCGGUGCCAGCGUGGGGAGCAGAUGAGAACACUGGGAAUGCUUCCCCAUUAGACUGGCUGCGUAAAGUUUUGCAACCCUUGCAGCCUCCUGCAGGGGUGUCUGCAGGGAGGACUGUUCCAGCUCCUUUUCUGGUUCCUCGGCCCAAACUCCUCUCACAUGGCAGAGGUCCUCCAAGAGGCAAGAGCCAACGUCCAGGAGAGAAAAAGACCCAGAUGGACCAAGAGGCUGUUCACAAGUUAAUGUUCCCCAAAGGAAGCAGUGGCUCCGUGCCAGGCUCUGCUGAGGGCAGGGAGGCGAUGCCAGGCACGGGCACACGGGAUGACAACACUGGGAAUGCUUCUCCAUUGGAUUGGCUGCGUAAAGUUUUGGGGCCCUUGCAGCCUCCUGCAAGGGUGUCUGCAGGGAGGACUUUUCCAGCUCCUCUUCUGGUUGCUCCGCCCAAACUCCUCUCACAUGGCAGAGGUCCUCCAAGAGGCAAGAGCCAACGUCCAGGAGAGAAAAAGACCCAUGAGUCAAAUGAAGUUCUGAAAGAAAUUUUGAAGGAACUUCAGAAAGGGCGAGAGAUGGACCGAGGGGCUCUGUGGCAGGCGGCGUUCCCCAAAGGAAGCAGUGGCUCCGUGCCAGGCUCUGCUGCGGGCAGGGAGGCGAUGCCAGGCACGGGCACACGGGCCAAGCCUGGGGGUGAGGGUGAUCAGGAACCCGGAGUGGGGCCCAGGACUGAGCCUCCGGAAGGUCGUGUGGUUACAGGGGUGUCCGCAGGGAGGACUUUUCCAGCUCCUCUGCUGAUUCCUCUGAGCAAGACCAUCUCAUAUGGCAUGAAUGCAGCCGGUGCCACAACACGUGCUCCCAAGAUCCAGGAGAGCACUGGGAGAGAUUUCUGUUGGGGAACCGGCUGUUUGAGUGUGAUAGUGGCAAGCGUGUUGGAAGGGCUGCUUGUCUUCCUGUUGUGCUGUGCUGGAAUCUGGUACUGGAGGGUGAGAAAACGGCUCCUCUCUGCUCCUGCUCCAGCCCAGCCAAACACCUCGGGCAGGAAGAGCUGGACCUCUCAUCUCUGCUCUUCCUGCCCAAAGCCGGCUGUGCUGACGCGGCUGAAGAACGGGCUUCUCACCCUCCUGGUCCAGCUGCCAGGAAAAGGAGCCCCUCUGCCCCCGAGCCCUGCGGCCCCACCCUCCAGCCCCGUCUAAA